AUGGAGUCCGUUCAUCAUGUCUCGGUCUCAUCAAAGAUUCUCUUCAGCAAGGUCCGCAAGAUCGUACCUCCAAUGCUUGAAAAGUUCCACAAAGCUACACUGGAGCUCCAUACUUCUCAGCUAUGGCCUCUGCAAGACUUGAGCCAUGUACUCUGCGAACGAUCCGCAGCACCAGUUAUCAAAGGAUACUCUCCAAACUUGAUGGUACACCCACUACUUCCAAGCAGCGACACUGUCAAGGAUCCCGAUUCAAUUGAUGCAGCAUCACUGGCAGGUCCGAUCAUCGGGAUGCUGUCUCGCCUUCAUGCACUUGUGAUUGGACCGGGUCUCGGCCGCGACGGCGUGACGCUAAAGGUGGUUGCAGAAGUUAUUAAAGAGGCGCGGUCACGAUCGAUCCCAUUUGUGCUAGAUGCAGAUGGAUUGUUGAUUGUUACGCAAGACCCGAGUUUGGUCAAAGGCUACAAGGAGUGCAUUCUCACGCCAAAUGUGGUAGAGUUUAGCCGUCUAGCCAAAGCUCUGGGGGUCAAGGUCGCCAGUCAAGUGGAGAUCGCGCAAGGCGAAAACGGCGACGCCACCAGCAAAGCAUCGGAUGCGUGCGAACGGUUAUCUCAAGCACUCGGUGGCGUCACGAUACUCCAAAAGGGCCCUCAAGAUGUGAUUUCCAACGGGGUUACCAGUAUCAUCUCCGAUAACAAGGGUGGCCUCAAGCGCAGCGGCGGUCAAGGAGACACUCUGACCGGGUCACUGGGUACAUUCCUUGCAUGGCGAGCGGCUUAUCAUGAGAGAUUGUGGGACUCUGGCGAGCAGGACAAUGACAAGGAGGCGCAGAGUAAAGAAGACGUCCAGGCAGAGCUCGAUUCUGAGAAUAAGCGCAUGUCCCCGACAACAACUCUGCUAUUGGCGACUUGGGCGGGGAGUAGCAUUACACGAGAGUGCUCAGGGCGAGCCUUUGCAGCCAAAGGGCGGAGCAUGCAGGCCAGCGAUUUGACAGAUGAGAUUCACGGGGCCUUUUUGAGGCUGAUUGGAGAACCAGACGGGUCUAAGACGCACCUCUAG